AAUGGUAGAUAGUGUUUUAUCCGCACAUCAUUUCCUCACAGUCUAACCAUAAAAAUUUGCUACGUUCUGCUAGCCAGAUCUUUUAAAUUAUUUAGUUUAAAACAGUGAUCACAUAAUUCAUAAUUUCGCUUACCACCGCGAACAUAAAUUACAACCCUUUUAUUUUCAGCAAUUUAUGAACGACAUAAAAAUGCUUUUGAGGGUAGAUACUUUAGCGAACAUUUGGUGUAUGAUGUGGAUUGUCCAUGGUAUAAGUGGUUCCGGUGCCAACGAUUUACCACUAGUUCAAACUUCCCUAGGGAAAAUUAGUGGAUUUUAUAUGUCGUCUUUUGGCGGGCGUGUAUUUUCUGCUUUUGAGGGCAUUCCCUACGCAAAACCACCUGUUGGCGACUUACGGUUUGAGCCACCACAGCCUGUUUUACCUUGGAAGGAUGUGCUAAACGCUAACGCCCGCUACACUUGCAAGCAAGUGCGCUCAUUUUUCUGGUAUGAUACGAAUGCUAGUGAAGACUGUUUAUACUUAAAUGUUUACGUACCUAAAAAGCAGCCAACAGAAAGUGACAAUUACGACGUGAUUGUCUACGUGCAUGGGGGUGCCUUUAUGGUAGGGGCUCCUUCAUUUGGCGGUCCUAAGUACUUAAUGGAUCGUGAUAUCAUAUUCGUAAAUAUGAAUUAUCGGCUGGGUGUUUUCGGAUUUCUGACCACCGAAGACAGUGUUGUACCUGGUAACAACGGACUUAAAGAUCAACAGCUCGCACUCAAAUGGGUUCAAGAGCACAUCAAAGAUUUUGGUGGUAAUCCCAGGUCUGUUACCUUGAUGGGCUUAUCAGCAGGUGGAGCUUCGGUUCAUUUCCAUUUCUUUUCGCCACAGUCCAAAGGAUUGUUUCAUAGGGGCAUAUCGCAAAGCGGGACUGUGCUAAUGCCGUGGGCUACUCAAGAGAGCGGCCUAGAAAAAGCAAGAAAGUUGGCGAAGUCGCUAAAUUGCCAAAUUUCCAAUAGUACACGGACUCUGAUUAAUUGUCUAAAGGCGUCAUCCGCAGAUGAUCUCAUUGUUAAAACAAGAGAUUUCUACGAUUUAGACAAAUUUCCUUUAGCGCCGUUUGCUCCAACUGUAGAAGUAGAAUCAGAAUCUGCUUUUUUAACAAAGCAUCCAUACAAACAGUUGGAAGACGGUGACGUCUUGGACGUGCCAUGGUUGACAUGGAUUACAACAGAUGAAGGCAUCUUAGGAGCAAUGUUUCUGGUUAAUAUUUUGGACGAAACGGAUAAAAACUGGAAUGAGUGGUCUGAACAUAUGUUCGACUAUAAACAUGUCUGCGAAAAAUCUAAGAAGCAAGAUAUUGCCCAGAAGAUUAAAGAGUUCUAUUUCCAAAAUGAAACGGUGUGCGAAAGCAACAUUAAAUCACUAAUUAAGGUAUUUGGCGACAGAUUGUUCAAUGUAGGUUUUGAAACAGCAGUUCAUAUGCAAGCGGAUGCCGUCGAGUCUCCGAUAUACGCGGCUAUAUUCGCAUUUAAUAAAUCUACUGCAACAAAGAAGGUUAUGGGAUUUCAACUGGAGGGUGUAGCGCACAGCGCGGAAGGCGUUCUUUUACAUGAGCUGGAAUUUCUCGAAUCACCCAUAAAGCUUACCGAACCUGAAGUCCUCAUGAAGGACGUGUUAAUUGAUUUUGUUACGUCCUUCGCUAAGAAUGGUAAGCCGGAGUCAAUUGGUGUUAAUUGGGAACCAUUGUCUACUGAAAAUCCUAAAUAUUUAUUUAUUAACGACAGCGAUGCUAUACAAAUGGUAAAAAUACCUGAAUUGAGUCCUAAAGGCUUUUGGGAAAACUUGAAUUUUAUGGAAAACAAACAAGCUGAGCGAUUACGAGAUGAACUUUGAACGUUUCAAAACAGCCGUUGCAAGAUAAUUUUCCUGAUAGUUAUGAACAUGUAUUAAAUAAAUGAAAUAAAAGAUCGUGCUUU